AUUUAGUGCUCAUAUUAUCAUAGUGUGUAUGAACAUCAGUGCUUAUCAGAACACCAUAUCCCAGUUGUUUUAGUUCAUACGAUUUGAACAAUGCCUAAAGUGUAAAAAGUGUUGGAUAAACAACAUUAAAAAUGCAGCGAGCUGGCAACCUAGUUUGGGCCAAAUGGGUCCAUUUUGAGAUAAACAUGAAUGCUAGGAAUCCUGCACAUGCACACCAAAUAAGCAGGAUUUAUCAAAGGAUUGAAGAACCUUCCACUAGUAUGGAUCCAUCAUGUUCACGAAGCGGGUGUGAGAUCUAUGAUGGAGCUAACAUAGCAUCCUUUGAUAUCAAACAAGAGAUUAAGACUGAAAGUGACCCUGUAAACGAGAAGCCUGUAACCUCUCAGAACAAUGGAAGGCAGCAGAUCGACGAUAUCGAGAGAGAAGAUUUCGACGAAGAAAACAGAAUUCUUAAGCAUUGUACGGGAAUGAUUGUAGAUGGAAAAAUUGCAGCACCUGCCCACUAUUCUGGAAAUCUUUCCAGUGCGAAUUCCAGCCUAGCGUCCAGUUCUGAGACAAUAUCAAACCUUUCCAAUCUAAUUAAUACAACACACGAUUACAGCCUUCCGGGCUGUAGUAAAGAUGGAGAUGACUCUAACACAACUAUUAAGAAUAUGAUUCAUUCUAGAAAGUAUGUGGUGCAUGAGCAAAAAGAAGAUUUUAUGCAGAAGCUUUUGAAUAGCAAUACACAGGAGAAGAAAGAGUUCCCUAAAGGAAAAUUGUAUAAAGGAGAUAAGAUGGAUUGCGACAAUGAGGAGGGUUGUGAUAUAGAUGGUGUAAGUGGUCCGUCAGUGAGGACCAGUUCUAACGCUUCGAGUAUAGGAAGCUCUAGUUCAGACAGUACCAAGGAGUUCAGUGUGCCGUCCACCUCGAAUGCUGAGAAGUUGUUGGGCCUUGAUGACAGCAGGAAGAACGAGCCAGGGAGUUCAAAGUCUUCGAACUACAACUACUGUGAUGGCGAGGAUGAUUCGGAGGAGGAAGUUGUUGAAGAAUCCUGGUGCACAUGCUUAUCGUCACAUGAGGAUGAUGACGAGGAUGAUGAACCAGAGCCUGAACCAGAAAGAAUUUGGAGGAAGCGUCGCCAUGAGCCGCCACCAUCGCAGCCUAGCAAAAAGUUCUGUGGAGAAGGUUCGUCAUCAUCGUCGUUGGGAUCUGACGGUUGGCGUUCGCCCACUCCUAGCUGCAGUCUGGCCAACACAAGCGCCAUUCAAGGCCCACCCGAGAUCAAACCAUGGCUUAGCAGGUUCAACAACUGGUCCAAUGUGGAGAAGAUCCAGGCUAUAGAUGAGUUGAUCAGCUGCUGCGACCCGAGUCAGGUGCGGCACAUGAUGAAGGCCAUUGAGCCCUUGUUCCAACGCGACUUCAUAUCCUUGUUGCCGAAGGAGUUGGCGCUCACUGUGCUCGGCUAUCUACAGCCUAAGGAUCUGCUGAGGGCAGCCCAGACCUGUCGCUACUGGAAAUUCCUUGCCGAGGACAACCUGCUGUGGAAGGAGCAAUGUCGCCGCAUCGGCAUCACCACGCUGAAGAAGAUGCCUCGUUCGUUCCCGCGCUGCGCCAGCCCUUGGAAGGCAGCCUACAUGCGCCAGUACCUCAUUGAAAACAACUGGCUGCACAAGCCCGUGGCUUCUCCCAUUAUCAUGCGAGGCCAUGAUGACCACGUCAUCACCUGCCUCCAGUUCUACGGCAACAGGAUCCUUAGCGGCAGUGACGACACAACUCUCAAAGUGUGGUCGGCUGUCACCGGCAAGUGCCUACGCACGUUGGUGGGUCAUUCUGGCGGCGUGUGGUCGUCGCAGAUGGUGAACAACUUGGUGAUCAGUGGCUCCACUGACCGCACCCUUCGCGUGUGGAAUGCUAAGACUGGCCAGUGCCUGAAAGUCCUCGCUGGACACACUUCUACCGUGCGUUGUAUGCACCUCCACCAAGACAGGGUUGUGUCUGGGUCCCGUGACGCCACUCUCCGGGUGUGGUCGAUCCCCGACGGCCGUUGUCUUCGCGUGCUCAUCGGCCACUUGGCAGCCGUGCGAUGCGUGCAGUACGACGGCAAGCUGGUCGUGUCCGGCGCAUACGACUACUUCGUCAAGGUGUGGAACCCUGAGACUGGGGACUGUCUGCACACCCUCGCUGGACAUACCAACCGGGUGUACAGUCUACAGUUCGACGGGAUUCACGUGGUGAGCGGCUCUUUGGACACUUCUAUUCGCGUUUGGGAUGUGGAGUCGGGCCAACUGAAGCACACGUUGACUGGUCACCAGUCUCUCACCUCGGGCAUGGAGUUGCAUUCCAAUAUACUUGUGUCUGGUAAUGCUGAUUCCACUGUCAAGGUCUGGGACAUCACCACUGGCCAUUGUCUGCAUACUCUUUCUGGACCCAACAAGCACCAGUCUGCCGUAACCUGUCUACAGUCGAGCAACCGGUUCGUGAUCACUUCGUCCGACGACGGCACGGUGAAGCUGUGGGACGUUCACACGGGCGAGUUUAUUCGCAACCUCGUGGAGCUGGGCUCGGGUGGCUCGGGAGGCGUCGUGUGGCGCAUUCGCGCCUCCGCCACCAAGCUUAUCUGCGCAGUGGGAUCGCGCAACGGGACCGAAGAGACCAAACUCUUAGUUCUCGAUUUUGACGUCCCCGGCGCUUGUCGCAAGUGCGAUGAAUAGCAACGACUGAACCGACGCCUCUUGCGUCGCUACGCAAACCUCUACGCGCCCUGGCAGUGUUAACGUGCCUGCAUUUGUGUCUGUGUCGGUCUACAUAGUUGUUAUUUAUGUCUUCACCUACCUUUGGUUCAAAUAUUUUCAGGUGAUGAUGUGAGGAUGAAUGUCUGUAUAAGGUUCGAUUCUAUCAUUACAGCUAAACAUACAUUUCCAUUAUAGCAAUGACGGGAACUAAUACGUAUAUAUUUUACACAUUACUUAAGACAAAACUGUCUUUUAGAAAUUGCUAAUUGGAAACAGCUAUACCAUAAUAACCCAUCAAGGAAUGUAUUUAUGCAGCAUGUCUUCAGAUCAUAUCGUCAAUAGUUAUCCAUCCGAGUAAAUUAACUAAAUACAUAAUUCGCCACAGCAUUGACUCCUAUUUUGACUUCACACGACGUCGACACACGUCACUUGCCAUUAAACGUCUGUGAAUGUCAAAUAACGGAGAUUAAAUCGGUACUUUGAUGAGUAAUACUUCUUAGAAUCUUGUGCAGACCACCAGUACUCGAUUCAUUGCGAAAGAUUUUGCAUAUCAUAAUAUAAUGUAACGGCUUUUUAAAUGAAGCUGUGGCGAAUUAAGUGUUAGACCGACCAGCACGAAGCAACGGCGACAGAGGCGAGGUUCAGUCGGUUUAUUUUCGAGCAUCGAUGUGUUCGGAAAUCUGCGUCAAUAAUUUUGCACGAGGUAUUGCGGAAGUGUGAAUGUACACCGUUGAUGUGGCAAGGGAAUAAGUUGUACCCACCGGACUGUUACAUGUGCAACGUGCAAAUGGACAUAAAUUUCUUACUAUAGUCUUGCGUAACUCAAGUAUCCACGAUGUACUCAAUAAUAAUCAAUUCAAUACCAUUACUAUAGUUGUAGUUGUUAAAAUGUUCAGUAGAUAAAAAUGGUGGCUAAACAACCAUGUUGCAUUGCCAAAUUCCUUUAUUUUUUACUCUGUGUUCCAAAGAGAUGAAAAUCGGAAUUAUGUUAAGUUUUUAUUUUUUUUAUUUUUAAGAUGCUUCUCCGUGAUGGCCCUUUUUACAACUCGGCACAGUAUAUAUAAAAAUGUUGUAUCUCUACACUUAAUGCGUCGUUCCGGUUAAACACAACAAUGAUUAUGACUUAGAAUUAACCUCGUUGUAAAAAAACAGAUUUUACCACACAUGACUAUAAUAAUUUGAUUUUGGUGACUUGAUUUUAUUCUAAUGCAAAUAAUUGUAUGCAUAAUUAUUUAUAAUAAUUACAUUUGUAUGAUUUGAUAAUUAUUAUCGUUCAUUUCAAUUUUCAUAAUUAUUUAAUUAUUAUUCAAUGUUCCAUUUUCGUAAUUAUUUAAUUAUUGAUUGAGUGAUUAUUUAUUAUUCAAUUUUAUUUCCCUGACAAUGUAAAUUUUUGUGUCGUACUCAAAAACGUGUUAUUUGUUUAUUUGAACGUUAUUAAUUAUUUUUAUUUUACUGUGUCGUCCCUUAUUAUCUCAGUUUAAUGGCCAGCAGUUUUAUCGCUUAACUCUUUAAUAGUCACUUAAGAUAAUGUAUGUCUAAUAUUUUAAACAUUAAUAAACAUUUCAGACUUGUAAUGAUACCGAAUUAAGAUUUAAAUUAAUUAAUUCUCAAUGGUGUUAGUAUGCGCGUAUGCAAUUGAUCUUUAACGUGAUAUUGCGGGUGGCUAUAAUACACUCGUUGUACAUGUAUUUAUUUGUUGUGUAUAUAUACAAAUAAUAAUGUGGUCAUUGAAGGUCGCGUUUAUAUGUAGCCGCUGCUCUUCAUAAAUGGCUGUAAUAUUAAAUAAUUAAACGAAGACUGAAGCAUAGUUAUAGUGUAAUAUUUAAAGUAUUAAAUUGUAGUUACUCCUGUACUACCGACCAUCACACUCAGCUGUAUGUCUUUGUUGUCUAUAAUUUCUCCCCUUUUGUAAAACAUUAGUUUUUUUUUGUUAUUAGCUUUUAAGAACAGACGCGGACCCUGUCGUCACAUUAAUGGAAAUGAAAAUUUAAUAAGUUACGGCUUACUGUAGUAGUAUUACUUAUUCUUUUUAGUUAGAAAUGUAAUUAUUACCUUAAGUAAUUUUUAAAACCAAAAUGUUUCCAUAGCUGGGGUUAGAAAUUAAUUUAUUUAAUGUAACUCUGUAGCAGUCGCGUACAUUACAUUGUAAUCCAGGGGUUUGACACGUUGCCUGAUACUCUCGAUAUGAUCAUUCAGUGCUGAAUACGCUUGUUCAUUUCUCACACAUUGCUCAACUUUACUAUAUAGUUAUAUUUCUAGCCCCGAAGUACCUACGGCAUUUUCUUUCGAAUCUAUUUAAUUUAUAAUGAUCUUCAUCAACGAAUACUGUCAAAUUGAAUACGAGCGAGUGUACGCCGUGUAAUCAAAUGUAUAUUUCUGAAAAAUUGGGGUGAUGAGAUUAAAUGGGGCAGUUUUGAUCACAAACAGUUUUUUAUUGUAGCGAUCGCACGUGACAGACGAUUCGCAACGGCAAUUGUAUAUUUAAUUCAUUAUUUUGUAUAAUAUAAUCAUGUAAAAUAGGUUUUUAAAACAUCCUCGAUAACAACAUUGCCCUGCAGAAUGGGUCGAUCGUAACUUGAAUUAGUUUGGGUGCGGGUCGGCUAUGCGUGUGUUCCCUGAAUCACCCGUUCGAACAAAUGACUGCACAACUUUAUGUUUUAAUGGUGGUAUUAGACGGCACGAUGUUUGGUUGUUAUUAUUUUCAUUAUAAUUCUUCAAUUCCUUUUGCUUUUAUGUAUCAUUAUGGAUUAAUAAAUACAAUUGUUUUCAAGUUUUA